CUUUCCCAAUAUGGCGUCGUCGUUGACAUACGAUUCAGCGGUCAAUGCGGAGUAUGUUUAUGCACCCACCCUUCUACGUUCGCUGUAUGUAUGUUCAAGUUGGUGCGUGUGUUCUGUAUAUCGACCAGCGAAUGUUUUAUGUAAACGCGCCUUCUGCGCCUGCGCAUUACAAGCAGCGUAGAAAUACUUGCUGCACACGCUUCGGAGUUCUGUUGAGUGUACGAUAGACGCAUUUUAGGCCAUGAGUAACAGCAAAGUAGCCCUGGUAACUGGUGCAAACAAAGGCAUCGGGUUCGCUAUCGUGCGGGCACUGUGUAAACAAUACGCCGGGGACGUAUACCUGACAGCCCGGGAUGUGGGACGAGGAACCGCCGCGGUGGAGAGUCUGAAGAAAGAGGGUCUGUCACCCAUCUUCCAUCAGAUGGACAUCAAUGACGCAAAAAGCGUCGGCACCGCACGCGACUUCUUUAAGGAGAAGUACGGGGGCGUGGACGUGCUCAUCAACAACGCCGGAAUUGCCUUCAAAAUGGCAGAUACAACACCCUUUGAGACCCAGGCAGAUGUGACAUUAAAGACCAAUUUCUUUGCCACAAGAGAUAUGUGCAAUGCCUUCUUGCCCAUUAUCAAACCUGGAGGUCGGGUUGUGAAUGUCUCCAGCAUGAUGGGCUCUAUGGCUUUGGCCCGCUGUAGUCCAGAACUCCAGGCCCGUUUCCGUAGCGACGACAUCACGGAGGAAGAACUGGUCGAGUUGAUGGAGCAAUUCGUCAGUGACGCUCAGGCAGGGACCCAUGCAGAACGAGGCUGGCCCAGCACUGCGUAUGGCAUCUCCAAAACCGGCCUCACCACCCUGACUAGAAUCAUGGCCCGAAAUCUGAGCAAAGAGAGGCCUGGAGAUGAGAUCCUGUGCAAUGCCUGCUGUCCAGGAUGGGUCAAAACUGACAUGGCUGGACCAAAUGCACCAAAGUCACCAGAUGAGGGCGCUGUCACUCCAGUGUACUUGGCACUGCUGCCUGCGGGGGCCAAGGAGCCCCAUGGGCAGUAUGUGUCGGAGCUGAAAGUUCAGCCCUGGUGAAAAGUUCAGGAGAGGGAGGUGUGUGAAAGUCUAGUUGUGAAACACUUAAUCUAAGACCUCAGGUAUACUGUGGAUUUUCAUAUUAUUGUGACUAUAAUGUCUGAAAGCUUUACAUUUUGAUGUUAGUUUUAUUAGACAAACAUUGAACAAACCAAAAACUACAUGAAAAAAUAAUAUUUAGGGGACAGGUUUGUUCAACUUAACAGAACAUACUUCUGUGUUUUUGUACUACAAAAUUAGUUUCAGCACUUAAUGAACUUAUUCUUCAAUUACUCAAUGACUUGUAACAUAAUCAGAUCGUUGAAAUGUUGAUUGGUUGAAAAUGUAAGUGUGCCUUAUUAAAGGGACAGUUCACCACAAAACGAAAAAAGUCAUCAUUUACAAUCUCUCAUUUCGUUCCAAACCUAUAUCACUUUCUUCUCUCUAAAACACAAAUUUUAAAGAACAUUGGCCUCCAAACAACAAUGGACCCAAUUGUCUUUAAUUGUAUGGACCGAAACCACUAAGACAUUUCUCAAAAUAUCUUCUGUUGUGUACAACAGAAGAGACAUAUACAGGUUUUAAAUGACAGAAAUGAUGACAGAAUUUGCAUAUUUUGUUGAACUAUGCCUUUAAUUCUGGUGAUCUCAAAAUAAUACUGAUCUCCAAAUAAAAGUAAAAUAAAAUGUAAUUUUCAUUCUUA